AGCAAGCAAGCAGGCAGACACGUGUCGAGCGAACCGGGUGGGGGGAAGGUGGGCGGAGAGAAGCGGAGAGAGUUCAGGAAAGCAAUGGCAUUUGCACCUCCCAGAAACCUGGAUGGCCCAAAGAUGCAAACCAAGAUGAGCACAUGGACACCCCUGAAUCACCAGUUGAUGAAUGACAAGGUAUUUGAAGAAAGAAGAAACCUGUUGGGGAAAUGGUUUGACAAAUGGACAGACAACCAGAGGCGAAGAGUCCUGCUGGACUUCCUGGAGCGCUGCUCCCUCUUGCAGCUCAGGUUCUGCGUCAAGCAGCUGCAGGCUCGAGUUCCAGUGGAGACCAUGGAUUUCACCACCAAGCUCCCCAGGGUUUUGUCCCUCUACAUCUUUUCUUUCCUGGACCCUCGUAGUCUCUCCCGAUGUGCUCAGGUGAGCUGGCACUGGAAGAACUUGGCAGAACUAGAUCAGCUCUGGAUGCCAAAAUGUCUGCGCUUUGGGUGGUAUCUCAAUUUCUCCCCAACCCCGUUUGAGCAAGGAAUCUGGAAGAGGCACUACAUUGAGGUGGUGAAUGAGUUCUGGGUCACCAGCCCUAAGACCCCUCCAAAAGAGGACUUUGUGGUGGUUGAUGUUCAGCCUAUAACGAAAGAGGGUCUGGAGGUGAAACGGUCCCUGUCACCGCCAGUCCUCCAAUCAGCAUCUCCUCUCGGAAAGAAGAUGAGCAAGGAGAAGCAAGCUCUCCCUCCCUGGCGUUCUUCAGAUAAGCAUCCUACAGACACCAUCAGAUUCAAUUACCUGGACAACUUUGAUCCCAUUGAGCAAGCGAGGCAGGCUAGGAAGAAAGGAGGAUGGCUCACCCCAGACCUCAGCCAGUCGGCCUUCCAGAAGAAAAGGAAACCAAGCAGUGCAUCGUACAAACUCCGAAAAGCAAAGUCCCUGCAGCCUGGGGCUGAGCUGCCAAGGACCCAGGAGUGCAGGAAUCAGAUGUCCCUCUCUGCAGACCUCAGCUCACAGCCGAAAGCCCCCGCUCGCCCCAACUGGGCUACUUACCACCCUGUGGGCUAUCCUGUCACCAAAGCAAUGGCCAAGAUCCUUGCCCAGAGCGCCCAGUGGAACGCUGGGAUACGGCCGGCGCCUGCCCAGGGUCCAGUCCCAUGGCUGAGCGAGAAGGGGAAGAAGGCCUUUGCACGGACAAGCAGAAGCUCUCCAACAUCUCCACUCUUUGAAAGCCAGCCCUGGGAACUUCCCCCGUCAGACAUGGGAUCUGAUGCAGAACAGGAGGAUGGAGAAAAGAGAAUUUUCAAAGCAACACACUUGAAUUAAUCUCCCCAAGGGAAAGACAGAUGUUGUUGCAGGUUACAAUCGUGUUCCCGGAGCCACGAGCCCAGCUUUCUGAAAAGGGGCUCUUUGGACAAGGAUUAAGAAUCGUGGAUUUAUCAUGUCUGCAUUUCCAUGGUGGACUAACCAAUGACUAAUCAAUGGACUGUU